AUGAGCGCGCGCGUGUAUGAGGCGAUGUCCAACCGCGCACUGGGCGGAUCAAUCAAUUAUGCGGCGCCUUCGCCGCCGAUCGAGGCGAUGAUCGAGGGCGCCUCAUAUCCAACCACCACCAUUCCUAAGACGGAGGAUUCACCCGGUCCCUCCAGGUCGACUUCCUUGGGUGCAGAGGGCCUUAUCACUGAGAAUGUCGAGGGCAAUGGGCCGACGACCGCAGGGCGGAAGCGCAAGCUGAAUAGUACCUCGUCCAGAGGCGUGGCCAAUCUCACCCCCGAUCAAUUGGCGAAGAAGCGUGCGAAUGACCGACAGGCACAGCGUGCGAUUCGUGAACGCACAAAGUCUCAUAUCGAGGCUCUAGAACAACAGGUUCGGGAUCUUGCAUCACAGAAACCGGUCCUAGACUUGCAGGCUGCACUACAGCACAAUGAGCGCAUCCGAUCGGAGAAUAGGGAGCUUCGCCAAUCCCUGAAAUCCGUCAUGGAUAUGAUACAACCCUUGCUAGCUAAACCAGAGGCUUCAGAUCUAGCUUCCUUCCUCACCCAACCGAGAUCGGUCCCGCCAGUAUCGCAUACCCCUCCUUUCCCCGAGACCGACCCCAUAAACACAAGCAACCAGGCUACGACACAAGGCGAUAGGUUAUAUGCCGAGUCUGUGACCAGUGUCGACACGCCCUCCCCCACACAUUCUGGAUCGGCUUCGGGCAGUCGACGAAAUAGUCAAAAUGGAACCCUCCAGCCAGCCUCAUUUCGUGCUGCGCUGGACUCCCAACGGCAUAAUAUUGCUCAUGGGUUAGACCUGGGCAUGGAGGAGCGGCUUGGAUUCAAUUUCCUUCUCGAUCCUUCACAAAAUGUCCCCAAAGUCGAGCGGCUGCGACGCACCAACUCAGAGAACUUCCGUUCCGCUCAACCCUCGCCAACGCCGCUCUUCAUGCAGUCGCUGAACUAUCCAGCCGGUCAAAUACCGGCGUAUGCAACUCCUAUAAGAAAUUCGGCACCGACAUGUACCUUGGAUAGCAUACUGCUUGACUUCCUUCACAACCGGCAAUGUGAAGCCGCGGAAGGGAUUCCUCGACAGAAGCUCGUGGGACCACCUUACCCAAGUGUCUCUUCACUGCUGAACCCAGAGAAGAGUGCGCAAUCACAUCCUCUCUCCAAAGUCUUUACGGAUAUUCUGCGCACAUUCCCAGAUAUCUCCGCUCUCCCUGUGCAGGUUGCCGUACUUUACACAAUGUUCCUCUUGAUGCGCUGGCAAAUCUAUCCCACGCAGGAGAACUACGAUCGACUCCCCGAGUGGCUCACUCCACGUCCCACACAGCUUCUUGAAGCCCACCCCCCGUGGAUGGAUUACGUCCCAUGGCCUCGAAUGCGGGACCGGCUUGUAACGUCUCAUCGGGACUAUCCGUUUGAGAACUGGUUCAUCCCAUUCACACGGGGCAUGGACGUGAAUUGGCCAUACGAAGCCACCGACUGCUUGUUAUCGGCUGGUGACUCGGACGAACUUAUCAUCAACCCAGUCUUUGAACGGCACAUGCGGAACAUCAACAAUUGGUCACUGGGUCCACUUUUUGCAGAGGCGUAUCCUGGAUUGGUAGACACUACGCGAAUCAGACCGGAGCCGGGUAAACAGCCUUGCUCGACUCCGAUAUAG